UGUACGCAACUGGAAAGCACCCAGAGAGAUUUGAAGCAUGAGUGAGGAAUACACGUGGGUGAUAGCGUUGUUGAAUUGUUUGUUAAAGUAUUUUUUUUAAACAUUACAUUUAAUUAGAUUCAUGAAGAUAAGCGAUUGAAACAAAAUGAAGACCAAACCAAAUCGUCACAAGGAAGCGAACACUUUUCAAUUCAAACCGUUCUCUGAAAGAGUGACUGAAAUCGACGUAGAUGUUUUUCACCGCAUAGCACAUCGAAAUGAGGCUAGUUCUGACGAGAUCGAAACUUACUUUCACGAGACGCUGCAGAAAUGGAAUGUUCUUAAUCUAACAGAUGGUUAUACUGCUUUUAAAAAAGAAGUACGGGACAUUGUCACGUUGCCCCAGUUAAUUCACAAGAAGCAAUAUGUAGUUGAUAUGCUUAUGGAAUAUCUGAAAAAACGAGAUCCUUUGUUUCUACAGCCUAUUCUGGAAUUGGUAGUAGCUGUAGCAAGAGAUCUUCAAAAAGAUUUUUAUGAAUACUUUCCACAGUUUUUAUCUGAAUUAAUUUGUUUAUUACAAACAAAAGACACAGAUCAGAUAGAAUACACAUUUAUGACUUUGGCAUAUUUGUUUAAAUUUCUCUGGCGAUAUUUGAUAAGAAAUGUAAAAACUGUUGUUACUUUAUUGUUGCCAUUAUUAGCUGAUACACAACCAGUCUAUAUAAACAGGUUUGCUGCUGAAAGUUUUGCCUUUGUGGUUCGCAAAAUUAAGGAUAAAAAUUCUUUCUUAAAGUUAAUACUGCAUAUUUUGGAGGAUAAUACAAAUGGAAUAUUUGGUCAUGGAAAAUUAUUAUUUGAGGUUAUAUCUGGUGUUCCAGGACAAUUUCAUUCUUGUGCUGAACAGAUGUUGUCACUUUAUUUUAAUGCUCUACAAGAUGAGUCUGUUAAUCAAAGACUGACUUAUAAAGUUGUAAAAGAAAUUAUGGUGUGCAUACAACAAAAUAUACAUCCACAAAAAUGUAAUGUUAUGUGGAAUGUUAUGUUACAAGUAGUAGAUUCGUUCAUGUUAGUUGAAAAGUCGAAGCAAUCAUUGGAAUCUUGUGAAAGAGAAUAUGCUUUAAUUUUAUUACUGCGACUUAUGCAUACAGCCAUCAGUUAUAAGAAUGGAAAGCUACUAGUUGAUGCUACACCUUUGAUAAAGAAAUUGAUCAUCAUAAUUGAUAUAUUUAAUCAAGACAAAAAUAUUAUGCAAGAAGCCAUCAAUGUGUCAAUUGCUAUUCUCUUGGCAUCUAAUGUUAAAUUAAUGCAGGAAAAUACAAGUCAACUAUUACUUAAAAUUAUGGCGCUGAAUGAUGUGGAGUUAUUGUACUUUUCUGUUGAAAACUUGAUGCAUUAUUCUUUGUUUGAGAUGUUAGUAUUACCUCAUAUUUUGCGGCGUAGUAUCUCAGUCGGAUUUAAUAGUAAGACAUUGCUUCUGUUCACUAAAUUAAUUUAUGUGAAAGCAUCACCUUGCCUCAGCGGUAUGGCUUUAAACAAAUGGAAAAAGUAUAUUUUAGAUAUACGAAAUAUCGGACCAGAGAGUAUAAAUUAUUUGCUAUUCGAAUUGACAACAUUAUCCACUGAUGUUAUUUCACUCGAUGCAAUAAGAGCUUUAAUAAUUCUGCCACACUUAAAACCUUUGCGCGAAGAAUUCAAGGAUGCAUUAAAGGUUGGACUACAAUUUUUAUAUAAACAAAUAUACAACUAUAAUAGUGCGGAAGAUACUAGGAACAUUAAUAAAUUAACUUUCAUAUUUUUAUUGGCGCUAGAAUCGAUAAUACAUAUAUUUGAGCCAAAUGAUUUUCACGAGUUCUUGCUAAAAUCUGACAUGAAAAUAGUUGAUCUCGUUAAUAAAUAUUAUGAUAAUAUCUACAUUUUAAACGCAAUAGAUCUGUUCCUAACAUAUAUCGCAGGAUCACAACAUCACGAAUAUUACAUCAAUCUUGAAUCAUUUGACACGUUACAUAGUAAUAUAGCAAAAAAGAUGAACUCACCUCACAGCAAUAUACGGCUGAUUGUAGCACACUUAUAUUCUUUAUUUGCUGAUGUUAAAGAUCUGAAAUGCCAGGUGCAAGAUAACGGAAAGAAUGCUAUGGAGCUUGUUUAUUUAGCUGAAUGCAAAUCUGCAACUGUACAAGCGUACCGUGAUAAAUUGUUGUAUUUACAAGCUUUAGAAUUUCAGGGUCAUGCAUUAACUAAUCUAAAUCCGAAGUAUUAUGAAUUUCCAUUACGAUGUUUGAUAGGUAAUUUGUAUAUCAAUUUUUCUUUACUUUGGGAACCUGUGAAUAUAGUUAUAGCUAGUUAUUGCAACAAGGAGUGUCCACAGUUCUGGUCAACAUUUCUUACCGAAAUAACAACUAAAAAUAAACCAGAAAUUGAAUGGAAAUCGCCAUUUCAAUGCGACGUUGUGUCCUCGUUAAUAACAUCGAUAGAAAAACACAAUGACAAACCCGAUUUUGAAAACCACAAGAUUCUCCUCUGGAAAUGCAUGGCGCACUUCUCACAUUAUGCCGAGUCAAAGAAUAGGGACUUAACUGUGUUGUUCAUUGAUUUUGUAAAUAUCAAUUUUUUUAAAUCUAACUCAGAGGACGGUAAGUCUUGUAACAUCGAGAAGCAUAAGGAGUUGUUAGACACCUGUAACGAUAUGGAAAUUGAAAGUGUCGAUGAAGAAGAGGAUAAAGUCACUGCGAUUGGAAAAGCUACACCGGCAGAUAGAAUGAAUAAAAAUUACAGAGUGAAACUUUUAAUCGCUCAAAUGGAAAUAUUUGCUAAAGUACUAAAUCCAAAAGUGUUACACAGAGGAGCAGAGAUGCAUCAGAUUUAUUUGGAUCUACUUUCUUCAAAGAAUGCCGACAUACAAAAAGCAGCUCUAAAUUGUCUCUUCACAUAUAAAUACAAUUACCUUAUACCAUACAAAGAAUCUUUGUAUGGCCUGAUAAGUGAGAAGAAUCUUAAAAACGAACUCGCACACUUCAAACUAGAUAGAGAAAGUAAUAUGAUACAGGAAGAACAUCGUAAAGAUCUCAUACCGAUUAUAAUGAGAAUUAUUUAUGCGAAAAUGAUCAUGAAGACCGGCAUGAGAACCGGCGGGAAAGCCGGUGGACUUGUACGGAGAAAGAUCAUAUUGCGCUUCUUGGGUGGAACACAGGAAGAUGAGAUGAUUACCUUCGUCAAAAUGGCAUUUAGAUCCUUCGAAUCGUACAUGUCGCUAGAGAUGGAUGAAGCGUUUAAUUUGAAGCAACAUGCCAAGAAGAUAGUCGGUGAGAUCGACCUGAACAACAUUAUACCACCCAAGCGCAUGCAAAGCGCGGUAAAUUUAUUGGCGAUAAUAAUAGAACAGUUUGGCGGAAAAAUGUCGACAAAAUUACUGCCGCGUUUGUUCGGAGUACUGAUCUGUAUCUUGGCCAAGGCGGUCGGGGUCCUUCGAAAAUCGGAAGAGGUUUAUGAGGGAUACUUGCCGAUGAUUAAGAACGUGAAGACGAAUUGUAUCGGCGUACUGGCUAGAUUUUUCGUGCACUUUGAGGACUACGACUGGCAGCAGCACGAAAUAGAUGCGGUCUUCGACAUAGCGAUAUUUCCUUGGCUAUCGAAAUUACCUGUGGAGAGUAUUCACAGUCCUACGACCUUAUUGAAACUUUUCAUGGCGUGGGGCCAAAACUCUCGAUAUUAUCCGUUGUUCAUAAAGCAUCAGGAAGAUGAUGAAUCCGUCAGUCCGCUUCCUUAUAUCAUGCAAGUCCUCUCGAACCCCAAAACACAUCCAUCCGUUAUUAAUGCUAUUUUGGAGAUUAUCGAAAAGAUGUUGACGCUACAGGAUUACGGAAAAUCUAAUGAGGAUACGAGCGAGAUGCAAGUUGACAUACCGUUUUUACCGCUAACACCAAUACUCACAAAUCUGCUCAAAGUGGAGGAGAAGAUAUUCUCGACUGGAGUUAAUUACGGCUCGGCAAUUCUCUUGCCACACGUCCCUCACAUAUUGGAAUUCAUCAAGAACAAACUGAAAAAGUCUAACAAGGGCAUAAGUAGGAUCGAGUUAGCUAUACUGUCGCGUAUCUCUGAAUUUGUCACGGAUACGGAAACGUGCGACACGCUGUUAACUCUUAUAUUACCAAUAUUAAUCAAGAAGGCCACGCACAAUAACGAGGAAGCCGUUAUGAAAUUAUUGACGACAGUAAUAAAUCUGGUAAAAAUUGUGAACAGGCCGGAGAUUCACUUGCGUGCCAUCGCGCCGUUGGUAGGUCUCGUGUCAGAUAUAAAUAUUCGUAAACUUCUCAUGCUGUUGUAUAACACCAUCGCUGAGAGGUCCACGGAAGAGCAUCAUGAAACGAUAAUACGUGACUGCAACAUUCUCACCGCGCUUAACGCGUGGGAUCACAGGUGGAUCGAUCAACCGGACUUCCAGAAACGGUUAGACGCAUUUGGAGAAAUUAAUAAUAUGGUCGAGAAGAACGUGAUUACGCUAGAAUUUGGCGUGGCUGUAAUAUACAAUUGCUUCUACUUCUUGAGGACCGAGACGGAUCUGGCGAUAAGAGAUUACUCCGGCCAGUGCUUGAAACUCAUCGCGUCGAGAUUGGCAAAGGAACAUCAGAGUAACAUUCUAAACAGACGUUUCUUGAUGGAUGAAACUAUCUUGGUACUCACGAGAAAAGGGAUUGUGAGUAAGAACGAAGUUGUCCGCCUGCAGUCGAUAGCACUUAUAGGACACUUGGCACUGGAGUGCGCGGAUGUGCAUCCUGUUUUGCGGGAUCUAUCUCUUCUCGUUAACCAAGUCGAUCCUGAAGUCGAUUUCUUUGAAAAUAUGCAGCAUCUACAAUUGCACAGAAAAGCACGUGCGUUAUUGAAAUUUUGUACGCUCGCCAAGAAGUUAAAGAAGCCGAUCAAUCCUAGAACAUUGAUGCAAUUCAUUCUUCCUCUUUGUUCGUCGUACUUGUGUAACGAGACUUACAUUCAUAAGAACAGCAUCGUUGAUGCUGCUAUCGAAACUGUCGGAAUAGUGUGUAGACUUUUACCAUGGCACCAUUAUGAGAUCAUCUUGAAGUAUUAUUUAAGCAAAUUAAGGAGUUCCGUGGAGUUCCAAAAGCAAAUCGUUAGAAUAAUUAUAGCGAUAUUGGAUUCUUUCCAUUAUGAUCUUUCAAAAUAUAAAUCAUCGGAACCAAUUAUGCAAACUAAAGCAGAAAAUGAAAGUAACGUUACUUCUGUCGAUGAAAAAGAAAUUAAUGGAAAGGUCGAUGAGAAUGUUAAUCUCGAAGAUAUGGCACAGGAAGUUGAAGAAGAAUUAGAGAAAGUAUUAAACGAUGAUGAGGUCGAAAAUAUUGUGGAAAAAGAUGAUGAAGCGAAAAUAGAGAACGUACUGAUAAUCGAGAAACAAACAUUACUUUCUCAGUAUGGAGCAAAAAGGGUAAUAUUCAGUAUAUCGAAUGGCUUGCUACCUCAAUUAUAUCGAUCUAUUGUGGCCAGAACUCGACAGGAAAGUACUCACAAGAUUAACAAGAAAAAGGUUGUAUCCGAAAUGGAAGAGGACGAUUUGUUGAGGGUUCCCAUCGCUCUCGCGCUUGUGAAACUAUUGCAGAAAAUGCCCGAGAACCUUUUGGACGCAAAUCUACCAGGGAUAUUUAUGAAAUUGUGUACAUUCCUUAAAUCGCGUAUGGAAUCGGUUCGACGUGCAACUCGUGAGAUAUUACAAAAAAUUAUGAUAACAUUAGGUCCAAAGUAUCUUCAUUAUCUUUUGAAAGAAACAAAUACAUUGUUAACGAAAGGCUUCCAAGUGCAUGUUCUUGUAUACACAAUUCAAUCCGUAUUAUCUGCAUUGAAGCCAUAUUUUCAAAAGUUUGAUAUCAAUCACAAUUUACAAAGUAUUCUAUCAGUGUGUAAAGUUGAUCUGUUUGGAUUAACUGCAGAGGAAAAGGAGAUAAUAGGUAUCGUUAAAAAUGUGUCAGAGGCAAAGAGUUCUAAGAGCUUCGAUAUCUUUCAUAUAUUAGCGGAAUUUAUAACGGAAUCCUGUUUAUUGGAUUUAAUACAGCCGUUGAUGGAGGUAUUAAGGAAAACACACUCUCACAAAACAAUACAUAAAAUUGUGGAGUGUUUACGAAAUAUAACUUUGGGUUUGGCAGACAAUGCUUACAUCCCACUAGAACAAAUGCUCAUAUUUCUUUACGGUAUUAUCUCAGAGAGUAUACCAAGUCUUAUACCUGAGAAGGAAAGUAAGAAGUCCACAGAAGAAGAAACAAGAUUAGUGCGACAGAAACCAGAUUGUUUUAUUAUACCGCCAGAACCCAAAAGUAGAAUGGGUGUUAAAGCUGCGGCGAAAACCACUAAAAAUACUAAUGUUCAUGUAAUAGUGGAAUUCGGCUUGAAACUUUAUCAUAUACUAUUAAAACGGGAAAAAGUUACUUGCAUGAUAUACAAAUCUCACUUGGAAUCUUUCGUAUCACUUUUAUAUGAUUGUUUAAGUUCUCAACAUGUUAAGCUGAGUACUGCGGCAAUACAAUGUUUGAAUUGGAUGCUUAAAAUGGACUUGGAUUCGGUACAAGCAUUGAUAUCAAACAUCUGUGAUGCUUUGUUCGAUAUUUUGCACAAAUAUUCUGCUGUUGGUUUAAGCAAAGGAGACAACUUUGAUCUUGUGAUGGUCACAUUCAAAUGCAUGUCCGUAAUCGUUCGUGACGUGAAACAUUUUACCAUCAAAACCCAUCAAGUAAAACUUCUUAUUCUAUACGCGGAACAAGAUCUACAUGUGAGCGAUAAACAAGCUACCGCGUUUACUUUAUUAAAAGCUAUAAUUCACCGAGAAAUGACUGAUCUCGAGAUGCAUCCUGUCAUGGAAAAAGUAGCUAUAAUGAGUGUUACUUCAGAGUUGGAGCAUGUUAGAUUGCAGUCGCGCUCUGUCUUCUAUUCAUAUUUGAUGCAUUAUCCGCUUAACAAACAUUUGGACAAGUAUAUAAAUUUUUAUCUAACUCAACUGAGUUACGAAAUGCAAUUUGGUCGAUUGAGUGCAUUAGAAAUGAUACAUACCAUAAUCACGAGUUUCCCGUUGGAAACUUUAAUUAUAAGAUCAGGACCUAUAUUUCUGAUGACUGGUGCAAGAUUAAUAAAUGACGAUGAUCCGACUUGUCGUAAGCUUUGUGCGAAAUGUAUAAAAGAAAUGGUUAGUCGGAUACCUUCCAAUGAAAAAAAUAAGUUAUUCCAUAUAGUUUUUAAAUGGCUAAGUGAUGACAAGAUAACACAUCGAACAUUAGCAGCGCAAUUAUGCGGUAUAUUUGUGACGGUCGAAAAAGAUGAAUUUGAUUCACGAUUGAAACUACUUUUGCCAUUGCUUCUGAAGCAGUUUUAUGCAAAAUUCUAUUCUUCUGACAAUAUGGAGUCUGGAAGGUUCAUACGGUUAAAUAAUACAAGUGAUGUACAGAGGAAAUAUUCUAAUCUAAAGAAUCCAGAAAGAAUGAAAGAUCAUCAUUUAUUUCAAGUGUUACAAUUGCUACUAAAAAUGUCGGCACAUUGCACGUCUUUCCUUACAAACGAAAAAUAUAACGAUUUCGUUUGCUCUUUUGCCGAAUAUAGUCAGUCCUUGUUGGCUCACCCACAUAUUUGGGUUCGAUUAGCAGCCGCACAGUUGAUUGGUUUUAUUCUGGCUACUCUUGACAUCGAUAGAGUUUCAGAACUUUUAAAUAAUCCGGAGAGCAAUGAAGCACAAAAAGGUUACAUAUAUUCGAAGCCCAUUGAUACUAUAAGAAGUUUGACUUUAGAUUUAGUAGCACAAAUCCAUCCUGACAUGACAUUUGAAGAAUUAGCAGAUCAAGUUGUGAAAAAUCUGAUUUUUAUCGCGAAAAUAUUAAAAUCAGUCAAUAAACUGACUGUUGGAAAUGAUAAACAAAAUAACGAAAGUAAAACGAGGGAUAGUAAUAAUUUAUCUCUUCCUUGGUUCAUUAGAAAAUUGAGAAGAGCUGUUAAUUUAGAAAUAACACAAGCUCCUAAGUCAAUAUCAGUGAGAAUUGCAAUUUUUAAGUGUAUUGCUGGCAUAGUGGCUACAGUGCCUAUGGAGUAUUUAAACGCGAUACUUUUUAGUAUCAUGUCGCCACUAGUACGAGAAAUAGCUACAACAGAAGAAUCGAAUGCCGAAUUACGUCAACUUGCCAAAGAAGUAGCUUCUAUGAUUAAAAAAUCCAUAGGAAAUGAAGAAUAUAUCAAAUUACUUAAUCGUGUGCAACAAAAACUUGAUAUUAAAAGAGCGGAAAGAAAAAGAGUUCGCGCACAGCAGUUUGUUGUUAAUCCUGAUUUAGCUGCCAAACGCAAAUUAAAUAAGCAACAAAAAAAGAAGGUGACAAAGAAAAAGAAAUGUCGGCGACAUCGACAUCAAUCGUCUAUUUCGGAGUUACGUUUGCUGUCGUCGUUACUUUCACGCGUAAUUAUGAGCUGUGGUUUCGUUACGUGCGGUCCAAAUGAAGCUCUUGUCGUUUCAGGAUGUUGCUACAGCAAACCACUUUUGGUACCAGGAGGUCGGGUAUUUGUUUGGCCUAUUGUGCAACAAGUACAAAAAAUUUCUUUAAACACAAUGACUUUACAAGUUGAAAGUCCAACAGUAUAUACUUGUCAAGGAGUACCAAUAUCUGUUACAGGUAUAGCACAGGUAAAAAUUCAAGGACAAAAUGAAGAAAUGCUUUCCACUGCAUGUGAACAAUUUUUGGGGAAAUCUGAAGAAGAGAUACAUAACAUAGCCCUUGUUACUUUAGAAGGACAUCAACGAGCUAUAAUGGGCAGUAUGACAGUAGAGGAGAUUUAUAAAGACCGUAAGAAAUUUAGCAAGGAGGUAUUUGAAGUUGCAAGCAGUGAUUUAGUUAAUAUGGGCAUUACUGUUGUGUCAUAUACUUUGAAAGAUAUUCGUGAUGAGGAAGGGGCAAAGGGUUAUCUGCAAGCACUUGGUAUGGCACGUACGGCUGAGGUAAAAAGAGAUGCUAGGAUAGGUGAAGCAGAAGCUCGCAGAGAUGCACAGAUUAGAGAAGCUAUUGCUGAAGAACAAAGAAUGGCUGCGCGUUUCUUAAACGACACAGAGAUUGCGAAAGCGCAACGUGACUUUGAAUUGAAGAAGGCUGCUUAUGAUGUUGAAGUUCAAACUAAAAAAGCUGAAGCAGAAAUGGCUUUUGAACUGCAAGCGGCGAAAACUAAACAAAGGAUUAUGGAAGAACAAAUGCAAGUGAAAGUGGUAGAACGUAGCCAAGAGAUCGCUGUACAAGAACAGGAAAUGCUUAGACGCGAAAGAGAAUUAGAUGCAACUGUACGACGCCCUGCUGAUGCAGAAAAGUACAGGUUAGAGAAAAUGGCUGAAGCAAAUAAAUUACGUCUGGUUAUGGAAGCUGAAGCUGAAGCUGAAGCUAUUAAGAUUCGCGGCGAAGCGGAGGCUUUCGCUAUUGAAGCAAAAGCGAAAGCAGAAGCAGAGCAAAUGGCAAAGAAAGCUGCUGCAUGGAACGAAUAUAAGAGUGCAGCCAUGAUAGAUAUGAUGCUUGAUACACUUCCAAAGGUUGCUGCCGAAGUUGCUGCCCCUCUUUCUCAAGCGAAAAAAAUAACUAUGGUAUCGAGUGGUAAUGGCACCGUAGGUGCGGAAAAAUUAACCGAAGAAGUUUUCAAUAUUGUGCAACGUGUUCCGGAACUCGUAAAGAAUUUAACAGGUGUGGACAUUUCAAAGUCGGUUCAUGCAGCGUAAAUGUGCAAUAUAAAGAAUAUUUCAAUUAUUUCCUAAUCAUGUUGUAUUUCAAUAUGCACAUUUAUAGAAAAUAUUCAAUGGAUCUUUGAUAUAUACAUUUACUUUAGAUAUUUUUUCUUGUAGUAAAGAUCAAAUCCCUUUACAUCUAAGAGAAAAUUCAUUUUGACACUUUUGCCGCCAUUCUAUAGCAUUUAUGUCAUAUAUAUCUCACACGUGUUUAGAGCAACAAAGAUCCCAGAUUGAUUUAUUACCUUCAGUACAGUCAAUAUGAAUUUAGAUUGUUUAAUUUAUUGCAAUUUUUUGCAAUAAUCACAAGAAAUUCAUUAUUCGUUUAUUCCAUUAAUUUUUAUUUUUGCAGUAAAUGUAUGGUGCAAUGUUAGUAGUUCAUUAUUGAUAUUAUUUUUAUACUAUUUUCUAAUUAACAUUUUAUUAAUAUUUAGUAUAUUUUAACUAACUUUAAAUAAUAUGUGCUAGUCUAUUUUAUUAAUUUAACGUAUCUGUUCAUAAAAAAAUAUAUGUGUAUUCUGUCAAAUCUCUAAAUGAUCAAUUGUAAUGGUCCAUAUUUAUCUAUAAUACUUUAAUGCCAAUAUGUGCCGAAUGCCAUUUCUCCAAAUAUUCUACUUCUAUGCGUACCUUCCAAAUGUAAUUACUAAAUAAGUGUUUAGAUAUAAAAGUAUUAGUGUUUCUUAACAUCAUUUAAUGUAGUUUAUUCAAUAUGGAGAGAUCUUUUCUAAUCCUUGAGAUAUAAAUGAGAUACACGUGAUUUUGUGCAAGUGUUCUAUUUUCUGUAUCUCUAGAAAAUGUGAGACAAACAAGAAUAUAUAUUUUACUUGUGUAGCUAGAGGUCAAGCGAGAUCUAUUUACUUGUAUGAAUCAUAGAAUCAUAAUUCUUUUAAUAAGAUUAUGACUCUAACUAUGUAAGUUUAUAUGACCAAUAAAGCUUUAAACAAAUAUGUAUAUAUACAUACAUAUACAAUUUUAUGUAAAGCAAUAACACAAAAUAAAUGUUAUGAAUACGUGUCAA